UUUUUUUUUUUUUUUUAGCUUGAUUUGAAUGUAAACUCCUCAUGAAAAUCUCUUUUUUAUCUGAUCAAAUCUCUAUCUUCUAUUUUACAUGGCUCAAUAUUUUACCACAGCCCAACCUAAAGAGAACGUCAAGUGACACAGAUGCGCAUAACAGACAAUCAACCAGCCAAAAUCCAACCAGCCAAAACCCAACCUGCCAAAACCCAACCUGCCAAAAGAGUAUAAAUAAAUCAACUUUUUUUUCUUUAUUUAUUU